AUGGCGGAGCUGCCCGGCUCGCGCUCGCUCGCUGCAGCCUCGGGCCCGGCCUCGCGCUCUCGCCGUUCCCUCGCUCAGAGCGGUCCCCCGGCCCAGCCCCAGCCCAGCCCCGGCCCCGGCCUGGCCUGGCCCGGCCCCGCUCGGCUCCUAGUGCCGCACAUCGCCACCCGGAGCGCAGUGUAGGUUUUCUCUACAUUAUGGAGACCAAAUGCAGAUUUAGUGAAAACAUUGUGGAACAUUUCUGAAUAAUAUUGUUCUCCGAUGGAUGUCUCCGAUAGUCCUGAUCGUGACCCUCAUUCACCUGAGGACCAACUCUCUGAAGAUGACCUAUUGCUUGAGGGUGGACAUGAAAACGAUGAUGAAGAGGACAUAGGCAAACGUUCGGACAAUGAUGGAGAAUGCAUUGAUUCUGAAGAUAAUGACCAUUGCAGUGAUGCUGAGAAUCGUAGUAUUGGUGAACUUGACAAUGAGGGGAGCCGGGACAAUGGGGAAACCCAUGAAUCAGAGGUGGAAGAGGAGGAGGAAAAGUUGAGAGAAGAAGGAGAUUAUAGUGAAGAAAGUGGAAAUGAGGAGCCAUCUAAAGACUUGGAUGCAGGAUCUGAUCAUGAUAAUGUUGCAAGUCCAAAAAGAACUUGCAAUACUGAACAAACUGAUAAAGCUGUUUCUGAGAAACAGGAUUCCCAAAUUGAUGAGGACACUGCAAAUGAUUCCAAGGAUGAAGCAUCCUCUGUCAUCAGGGACCUGGAUGAACAUGAGCUGGACUAUGAUGAGGAGGUCCCAGAAGAACAGCCAGGGGCUGUGACAGAAGACAGUGAAAAACAAAGCACGGAAGAGAAAAGUAGUGACUCUCCAAAGGAAGGUGAAGUGGAGAAAAGUCAACUUGAAGAGAGAAAGUCUGAAAGAGACAGAAAUGAUUCAUUUCGUGAGAGAAAAAAGGAUGAAGAUGAUGGUGAGCUUGAUGAAGGAGAAGUUGAGGAUGAUGAUCUUGAGGAAGGUGAAGUGAAAGAUCCCAAUGAGAGAAAAGUCCGACCAAAGCCUAUCUGCAGAUUCUACAUAAAAGGUAACUGCACGUGGGGAAAUAAUUGUCGAUUUAUUCAUCCAGGAAUAAAUGACAAAGGAAAUUAUUCACUGAUAGCCAAACCAGAUCCUUUUUCACCAAAUGGAGGACAUCACCUGGGACCUCAUCCACUAAUGCAGGCCAACCCUUGGGAAACACAUGUUUUGGGUGCUCCAGUGAUUGAUGAAUUGAUGCCACCCAUUCCCUUGGAACCUCCAGCAGAGAGUGCAUGGGAAAGAGGCUUACGACAUGCAAAAGAGAUGCUGAAAAAAGCCACCAUCAGGAAGGAACAAGAACCAGACUUUGAGGAGAAACGGUUCAAUGUCACCAUUGGCGAUGAUGAUUUUGACAAGGAAAAUGAUUUUUAUCGGGACUGGAAUUAUCGUGUUGCUAGAGACAUCAGAGAACCAGGGCCUGACCCCUAUAUAACUCCCUACUACGAACCCGAAGUUGAACGGUACUGGCGUGGAGGGCAAUACGAGAACUUCAGAGUACAAUGGACAGAAGCAGACUAUCAUUACAGAGAAAGGGAGAGGGAAAGAGAACGUGAAAGAGAACGAGAACGAGAACGAGACAGACACAGGGAACAGCGUGAGAGGGAAAGAGAACGAGAACGUGAACGAGGAAACAGGAUACGUGAGAGAGAACGGGACCGAGAGCGUGAACGUGACAAAGAACGACAGCGGAGAAAAGACGAGUGGGAAAGAGAACGUGCAAAACGAGAAGAAAAAGAUAGAACACAAAAAGACAGAGAACGAGAGAAGGAGAAACCAAAACAAAGAUCUCCACCUCCAGCAAGCCGGCAAGUAGAGCCACCCAAGAAAGAAGCUGCUCCAACAACUACUGUAAAACGAGCAGAUGAAUGGAAAGACCCCUGGCGCCGAUCCAAAUCUCCCAAAAAGAGACCAGUUUCGACAGCAUCACCAGGCCGUGGGCGCAAGCGACGAAGAACGUCUGGGUCCUCUGUUUCCGUCUCUGGCUCAUCAAGGUCGUCUUCUCGUUCUUCUUCCUAUUCAGGGUCUGGAUCAUCCAGGUCACGUUCAAGGUCGCAUUCAAGAUCAUCCUCUUACAGCUCCUAUUCCAGCCAUUCCUCCAGACACAGUUCUUAUUCUGGCAGCAGAUCAAGGUCCCGGUCAUUCUCAUCCUCACCCUCCCCAACUCCAUCACCAUCCCGAGCGAAAGAUGCUGCCAUUACAAAGGCCAAAGGGGGAGCACCUAGUGUUGGUGCAGGUGGAGAUGCCCCUGCUCUCUCAGCAAAAAGUGAAAAAGCAAUGAAGAAACUUCCAUCUCCACAGCCAACAGGACACACCACAGGGGCAAAGGUUCCAAAGACCACCACAGAGGGCACAAAACCUGCUGAGAACCGAGAUGGAAGAAAGAAAGAACGGCAGCCCCGGACACCACCUCGGAGGCGGACAGCAAGUGGAAGUGGAAGCGACAGUGGCAGCAGUUACAGUGGAUCAAGCUCUCGCUCGCGAUCACAUUCUCGUUCAGCGUCUCGGUCAACAUCAGCAUCUGGUUCUCAAUCUGCAUCCGGGUCCCACAGGUCAAGGUCGCUCAGUGUGAGCAGUGUAUCAUCCGUGUCAAGUGCAUCAUCAAGCAGCAGCUCUGUAAGAAGUGCCGAUUCUGAGAAUAUGUAUGCAGACUUAGCUAGUCCAGUCUCAUCUGCCAGCUCUCGAUCGCAAGCUCCUGCACAGAAGCAGAAGGAAAAAUUGAAACCCAAAAGAGAGGAGGCACCAAGAGACAAGGAACGAGAGGAGAGGCGGAAACGUGAGGUUCCACCACAACCACAGAAAUCUAGCUCCACACCAAAACCCACUCAGAUCAGCAAACCCCCACAGCUUGUCUACAGUGCACAUAAGGACAUUAAAUUAACCCUGCUAAACAAGCCUGCUGAUAAAGGCACCAGAAAACGGUAUGAACCUUCUGAUAAGGAAAGACCAUCCUCUCCACCAUCCAAACGGGUCACAGUUUCUCCAGAAAGAGGGCAUCGUGAUCGGAAGGCAUUUGGAAGGCCACCUUCCCCAAAAGCUGAUCGUCAGAGUAGCCGAGCUCCAGCAACGGUCAGGUCAUCUCCUGCCCAAGCAGAGCGAAAGCGGCCACCGUCCCCCCAAUCAAAGGUCUCAAGCAAAGUGACAAGUGUGUCUUCAAGUUCCAGCAAGUCACAUGACACAACAGCUUCAACCACUGCUACAUCCUCUGCAAAGUCGAGCAAAUCCAGCACAUUAUCACGCAGGGAGGAGCUACUCAAACAACUGAAAGCUGUAGAGGAUGCCAUUGCCCGCAAACGAGCAAAGAUUCCUGGCAAGGUCCAGUAGCUGUGAACCAAUCAACAUGGGACCGCAGUCUGUUGAUUAGAGACAGCUGUCAGUAUUUUCAAUGAUUAAAUCUGAGAUUUUUUCAGGAAGUAGCCAUGUUGAGGGACUCCUUGGGUACCUCACUGCCAUCCUCUGAACCUCCUGACAACCCAGCGGGUGAUGGCUGCAAUUAAACUCCAGAUCUGUCGUCAUUUUUUAAAAAAGAAAUGGAGAGACCGCUGCAGACUGUGAACUCUAUUACGUAAUUAACACAAACUGAUGCUGCAGUGGUAAUCGGUUGAAACCUACAGUCAAUGACUGGACAUGGACAUGUGAAAUCUGACCCUCAAGAAAGCCACACCUUUUACACAGCUUUAGAAGUUCUUAGUGUGUGUGUGUGUGUGAGUGUGUGUGUGUGUGUGCGCGCGCGCGCGCGCGCGUGUGUGUGUGUUGUCUGAAGGAAUUCCCAAAAAUACAUAAUGUGUUACCAGAGAACAGGUGAAUGUGCUGUCAAAACGCUGCUUUCUUGUUCUCCCUCCAUUUUUUGGGUAAACUUGUUCUUCUGGCUUCCCAAAUAAAUAUUCUUUCUUUUAUUUUACACUUUUCAGAUUUUUAAUCUUGUGUGCACACCUUAUGGUUGUGUUGGAUGUGUAGGUUGAAGACUGAAAACUCUGAAAAGAUCAUUCUGUUAACACAGCUGAGUUAUUGCAGGAAAACUGGUUUUUAUAUAUAUGCUGAUAACAUCUGCAGAAGCUGGAAGUUCAGUAAUUGCAUUGAAUGGGCAGAUAAAUGUUCAGGAUUGACUUUUUUUUACAUGACUUUAAUAAAGGAUUUACUAGUUGUAAAGAUUCAGAACCGUUUUAAUUAGUAACCUAGCCUUAAGUUAAUGGAAGUGAGUCUGCGUCAAUAUUUGCACUUGGAGAGACCCUUUCCACAGGUCAGUCAGCUCCCUCACUGUUCUUGGGUUUCACGUGUCACAUUUAGGAGAUGUGGGAUGAAAAGUUGCCUCAAUCUUCAGCAUCAAACUUUUCUGACCCUCAGCUUGUAUCUGUCUAAGUUACAACCCUCAGGCAUGGUUCACAUGAACAUUCUGAGACUGAAUUGCAGCAUUGUUACAGCAUAUGAAGAGGCCAUUUACGUACUGCCAUUUGUGUGAGCAGCUUACGUACUGCCUUCGCCUCAUAAUUCGGCACACUCUUCCCUUUCAGAGAGCCAUCAAUUCCUUAAUGAAAAUCUGGAAUGAACCUGCCUCCUGCACAAUCUAAAGCAACACAAUUUGGACCCUCAUCUUUGAUAAAGCUUUUCCUCACAUCACAUUUUUUCUUAUUUUGUAAAUUACUUUAAAUCUGCACCCUCUUGUCAUCCAUCAUUUCACUUUUGGAAUUUUUUUUACAAACUGUCUCUUGCCUGCCCCCACAUUCCCUGCCUCUUCCCUGUGACUGGCUUGGGAUGCAGUAAAACUCUUCACACUGUUCAUGUGCAGGAAGUGUCAUCUCUCGUCCACCUUAUAGCUGAAACUGAAGCUUUUUGUAAAGUUGUCUGAUCCCUAACCUGAGGGAUAUUAUACACGCAUUUAAGAUUUUCUCAUCUGCGUAUUUACAAACCUCACUUCCCGUCAGCGUUUAUUUCUGAUGAUGAUAAAUGGCUUCAGGCAAGCCUUAACCUAUAAUUAUAAUUAACAGAUUGAAUAAACAUACUGCAAACUCAGGCUUUUUUCUUGGUUUAAAAACUACACAUCAUCCAUUUUUGUUAUCCCAUCUGGGAAAAUGUAAAUUUCUCGCAAUAUUCCGAAGUCUUGAGAGUAAUGCUGCAGAAAAUAAUGUACAUUCGUAGAAUUCUUGGAGUAGACUGCACUUGCUGGUCCUUGGUAACUUUAGAGGCAUAUUGCUUUUGGUCACCAGAAGAGCAAACCAAAAUAAUUUGAAACCAAGUUUUAAGGACUUUUUAAAUCAAAUCAGUUGGGAACAUGGCAGAUAAUCAAGCUGCCUAACACAUCUUUAAUCAUACAAUGCAAGCAUUGUCUUUCAGCUCAGUUCUUGAACUUUCAGGUAAAUCCUUCUGCAGCCAGAGAAACUGCUUUGUAUUUUCUUAUCCACAUAAAAUCAAAAUUGUCAGCAUUCCAUUUGGAACCAGGUGCCAAUGAGCUAAGGCACCUUCCCACUGGAUUUCACAAACCAGCCUGAUAGAAACAGAUCCUAGUAAUGUAACAACUUAAUCUCUCCGGGCCAAGCUUCAUUGAGCAGCUUGGAGCAGUGCCCAAUCUAACCUCCUUCGCUCAGGGUGACCCUGAGUGGAAAUCACAGAAUUGGAAUCCCAGUUGAAGAACUGAAGUGGUGCAGUUAAAGUCUGAGACACUAGCGGCAAUCCUUGUCCUGUUAAAUUGUGCAAAUGUACAAUAUAUUUCUGCAUUUUGUUCUUAUUUAUAUGUAGUGGGUCUUUAAGUCUUUUAUGUUGAAGCUCGGAUCAGUGACUCUCUUAGGGGCUCUGAGUAACAGUUUAGGAUACAUUAAAUGCAGUGUAUGUACUCUGGGAUUUCAUUGGUGCAGGAGUUUCUCUUGCUGAUCAUGCUAUCAUUAACUCCAAUCAGGAGAAUAUUUGAAUACACUUUCCAAAACCCCUGCCUGGCAGCUGUGCAGGAUAUGGUCAAAUGGAUAAAGGUGGGGCUGUUGACAAGAUUGCCCAGUGUUGCAUCACCUGCUGACAGGUUCCAUAGCAACCGGGCAAUGUUUGAUGCAAUGUUUUGUUUCUAAACUGGAAUGUUGCCUUUUGCCUGGUGAGUUUUUAUAAAAAUUCUUGUCAGUCAACCAAUUAGAUCUGAAGGGAUGAUGGUGGUGGUCACAGAGAGAUGGAAGCUGCAGACUGAAUCAGUCUGUGCCCUGCAGCGCUAAACCUGAGAGACAUCAGUGGGAGAGCAAAUGCACUGUUCCAGUAUUAGCUGCAGCAAACUGCUACAAUGGGUUUGCUGGUUGUCUACAAUGGUUUACGAUUAUUUGCACCUCUGUUCCUCCAGGCAUUUUCUACUGCUGGAAUUCCAGGCACAUCAGGUGACCUUGAAUUCCUUUGCCAGGAUGUUCAUUGAGUGUUAGCCAGGACAGUGGUGCUCGGAGAGUAUUUAAAUCUAGUGACAAAUCCUCAUUCAACAUUUACUGUUGACCAAGGCUUCUUGAGCUCAGUGGAUCAGAGGCUGAAAUUAAAUAUACAGAACAUACCAGCAUUAAACUGCGCCUUGAUCCAUAGAGAGCAGCUGCCAAUGCAUUUUGCACCAUCGAGCCAUAUGGAAUGUAUCUCUGGUCUUCACUGGUUAUCUGUGUUUCAUCCCUGAUUAACGGAGCUGAAUAGAGGCAGUAUUGUACUGCAGAUUGAGUGUCAUAUUCUAAUGUGUGUGGACUCUUCCCCUAGCUUUUGCACUCUCUCCCCCACCCCUGCCCCCAGUCGUUCUUUUAUUAGUAUAUUUAUAAGUCUGGCCUUUCUUAUAAUGAUUAUCAGAAAAUCAGGACUGUGCUUUUGAUUAAAUAUAUCUUGCAAAGGAAGGCACAGGAUCAGUUAAGAUCCAUAAGAAAUAGGAGUGGAAGUAAGGACUUCCAGUAGAAUGGUUGCUAGGGUGGGGAUCCUGUACCCUACCCUCUAACUCUCCCCCAUUAUCUCUAUCUAUUGCCCAUCGAGUCCACUCCGUCAUUUAAUCAUGGCUGAUGGGCAUUUCAACGCCACUUACCCACAUUCUCCCCGUAUCUCUUAAUUCCUUGCGAGAUUAAGAAUUUAUCAAUCUCUGCCUUAAAGACAUUUAACGUCCCGGCAUCCACUGCACUCCAUGGCAAUGAAUUCCAGAGGCCCACCACUCUGGCUGAAGAAAAGUUUGGAAAUUCUUUGCCUGUAAUUCAACACAAAGAUUUGAUAGAACUGAAUAGUACAUUUGUUAUCUACGUUUUGAAAGUGACCAGUGUGGGAGAUUGUACUGUGGCCGUAUUUGGGGUUGCGUUGAUGGUUGUCUAAUGUGCGAUUAAUAACAUGGUUUAUACAGAUAUUGGGAUCCAGCACAAGCUCCAAACCCUACGUGCUCAAGUUGUAUCUUAUUUGAGUGAGGCUCCCUUAGAUUAUGUUCCGUAGUGAGUCAAAUCAACUAAAGUAACUAGGUUAAUGAGAAACACUAGCUCAAGGUGAGAAAGAAAAUUGAUUUAUCAGAAAUGAAUGUUAAUAUAAGUUUCUGGAUGCUGCUUCAUUUAUACUCCUUUAUACUCUGGGCACCAUCUUUAAUUUACUGAUAUAUUUUCUUUAUUGCUGUUUGUGGGCAGUAUCUUACUCCUUAAGCAACUGAGUCAUGAGGCAAACUCAAGUCCAGUAACUGUGCAGUUCUUACAGCUCCAAGUACAGUAUCCAGCACCAAGGUAUUUGUAAAUAAUUGUUCCCUAACGUAUUGUUAACUAACAUGAGUCAUCACAUGAUACAAGAUUGCUGAAAUCCCAUGGCUCCCAGCCCUAUUAGUAGGUUCUACUAUUCCCUCCUUCCACCAGUGGAUCCAUAAGGAGCUGGCCUCUAUCUGAUUGUUCCGUCACAUCCAAGACUAAUUGCCUUCCUCACCCAAUCUCCACGUGUGGGCUUACAAUAGAAUGGUUACUGGAUAGUUCUCGGGUGGGGAUCCUGUACAUUACCCUCCAACUCCAUUGUCUCUAUCUAUCUGUAUUCCUUCAACACCUACCUCCUCCUCCCCACCCCAGCUGCUGCCACUGUUUCUCUUUCCCUUCUGUGUCUCUGACCCCCUUCUCCUCCAUAAAUGUUUGACCAAUUCUCAUCUUCCAGAGAUCAGCAAGUGAAUAUGCGUCUUUACUAAACUGGCUUUUAAAGAACUUCUUAAAUUGUGAUUUCACGAUGAAACUAAGUAUGUACAUUGUGGUGACUAUUUGAAGAGAAAGGCCCAGUAAAUUCCUCAGUCUGAUGCAGUUAAAUACUGUGAAGCAUUCACUGAGUUAAAAUCUGUGUGUACAGUCGCUGUGUAUUCAGGUGUCUGUGAAUAUCGUCGUGUCCAUACUUGCAACCUGCAAUAUUUGGUAUUGUCCCUGUGGACAACCUGCAAAUUUCUUUGGUGCCUGUAGUUCUGCUUUAACACACGAUCUCUGAUGUUCAUCAGUCCUUGUGGACUUUUGGCACUCUUGGGCAACCUGCAAUAUCCAUUUUAAUCAGAAUCAGAGAAAGCAGUACCAGAUGUGGCAGAGAUCAGAUUGACUGCUGGAAAUACAGCAAUUCUUAUAGGUAACGUAGCUCCAUUCCAGGUUUUAACCUCAGUUUUAUCUCUACCAGAGCUGGUGGACUAUUUAAAGCAAUUGGUGUUUUUCUAAAUAUGUGUGAAUGGCGAUUUAUCUGUGGAUUGCUGCUGGUGCGAUUUGUUGUGGUGGGAGCUAACAGGCUGAAUGUUACUCUGAAAUUGGCUAACUGGAGGUAACUUGCUGAAACAUAGCCUCAGGCCAUGGGGAAGCUGAGCUGGACAGAGCAUUGUAGCUGAGAACAAAGUCCAGCUUUUUCUUCUUGUGUCAGUGAAGAAUUGCAAAUACUACAGCACAAUGAAUGUCUUGGAGUUUAAAACCCUGAGUAUUUCAGUUAUUGUAGUAAAAGGUAAAACAAAACUCCCAAUAUGCUUGACAAAAGCUUAAAUACUGUGAAUAGUGGGAAAUCCGAAAUAAAAACAGAAAAUGCUGGAAAUACAGUUUUGAUAAAAGUUUUUUUUUCUCUCAACCUAGUUGCCAUUUUCUUGGUUUUGACUUUUUAAAAGUCUAUUUAUUAUUUACACCCUCCUCAGACCUUCCAAAUCCACCAGCUGCCCUUUCUUAAUUCUACUUGAUGGUGGGAAUGAAGAAGAGUGGUCUGUAGGGACUGGUGCUCGAGUUUUGUGUGCACCCAAUCUCCUCAGCUGUUUGAAAAUCUGAGUGUACUGUGCAGAAAUCCUUGCAUUACUUUGUCUUUUAUUGCAGGGCCAGAGAAUUCCAGCAAUUUCAUUAUAGAUCACACUGUGACAGAGAUCACAAUGGCAGACUCUAAAAGGGUAACCAUUUUGUGAAGUUUCCAAAGGUAUCCAAGGUGAAGCAGAAAGUGUUAAUUUCAAAAGGUGUUUCCUAGUUACUCAGGAUAGUCUUUCCUGCAUCCAAAACCCACUGUCAGAGCUUUACCCAAAGCCUGCUGAACAUUUUCUGAGCUCCUCCCGAUAUGUCUGUGUGAGGUAAAUGUUCUGUUUGGGUUGAAUCCCAGGGGAAUGAGCAGUGCACAGACUGAUUUUACUGGGAGUCGGUGGAAUUCCAAAUAAAAAUGCUGUUUUGCUUGGAGAUUCUGCCAAUUAAACUAGUUUGUACAGAACCACAUGGAAGGCAGCCAUGAUUAAUAUUUCUCUGCUAGUUGCAUUGAUGCUCAUUGUUUCUUUCUAUGAAGAGUUUUGUAUUAAUUGUAGUGAUUGUAUAAAAUCUAACCUUUUUGUAUUUUCUGCUCCCUGUAAUGGAUGUUCCAAACCCCAAUCCCAUAAAAUAAACUCUGUAUCUCUUGUCUAA